AUAAAAAUUAUCAGUUCUCAACGCACAUUUCUCUAAAAAGGUGUCACAGUGCGUUGUUACUCUACGAGAUGAGGUUCUUAGCUCUAGUAAUUGUUCUGUUCCUCCAGAAUGCGAGUUCCCAGACACAGGAUGUCAGUGAUUACGAUCUGGGGUCCAAAGGAACUAUCAAAAUAGGCGACGCCUGCAAAAGGGACUGGCAGUGCAUAGAAAAUGCCUUCUGCAGGGCUCAGCAGACGUGCCUCUGCGAAACAAAUUACGCCCCUUCAACUGACAGAUCAAAAUGUCACGCAAUUGUUGGGACUAAUUGCCGGUCAAAUGAAACCUGUGCCACAAUGACAAAUGCUGAAUGCGUCCAGGGCGCCUGCACGUGCCAGAGAGAUUUUAUUCCGGACAUCAACAAUUCUUCCAACUGCAUUACUAGACCAACAAAGCCUGGAGACUCUUGUCAACGCUCUGACGAAUGUGCAGAUACAAUGUUCAGGGCUCUCUGUGUUAAUGGAAUUUGCAAAUGCCUCGGAGAUUUCCAUUUCGUUAACGACACCGGGAGGUGCGUCGAAAGUAGAGGGAUUUAUCAGCCCUGCAGACACAAUCACGACUGCUUUGACCCCCAAAAACCAGAAUCCCUCUAUUGCAAUAACAACGAGUGCGCGUACACAGCAAAAUAUGCCGGGAAUGUUACAAUUCCAGGUGCCAAUAGUUCCCCAUCAACUGCAGGACUCAUCGGAUUGCUGAUCUUCACUUCCAAAAGUUUAUAUAUCUUAUAAAAUUAUCUCUCAAUAUUU